UCCUUUAUACAAUGCCACCUUGAUUACCCCUGUCAUUCCAGAAAGGUUCUUUCCAUAAUUUGGCUGAGGUUGUUUCACCUUGGCCAUAAUCAAAAGUUUAAAAGGAAAAAAAAAAACAAUUGGAAAAGAACCAUCAUGGCAGAUUUGUACACCUCCCUUCUUGUGAUCUGUUUGGUAGUCAUCAUACCUACCUUGUAUGCCAAUGUCAAAGAGGACCAGGUUUACUGGGAUAGGCAGAUGAAGGCGCUUGAUACUACAUAUUGGAAGGACAAAGCAUUAAAUGCUACAAAGGCAAACCAAGAAGCUUAUUUUCCUGAUCCAUAUGCAGUCACCAGAAACCUCACUUCUAGUAUUAGCCAACUGAUAGUUGGUGGCAAGACAGGAAGAAGGCAUUUAGGGGGACGUGGAGGUGGCCGAUGCAUGGCAACAAACCCCAUUGAUAGGUGUUGGAGGUGUGAUCCCAAUUGGGCAAACAACCGCAAGAAGCUUGCAGAUUGUGUGCAGGGAUUUGGAAGAAACACCAUUGGUGGAAAGAAUGGUCCAAUCUACGUGGUAACUGAUUCCUCAGAUAAUGACAUGAUGAACCCAAUUCCAGGUACCCUUCGGUAUGCAGUUACAAGAAAUGGACCCUUGUGGAUCAUCUUUGCUCGCAGCAUGACCAUCAGGCUCAACCAGGAGCUCAUGAUUUCAAGUGACAAGACCAUUGAUGGCAGAGGAGCUGAUAUUGUCAUUGCUAAUGGUGCUGGUCUUACGAUCCAGUAUGUUAAGAAUGUGAUCGUCCAUGGGAUUAAGAUUUUUGACAGUCAAGUGGGAAAUGGUGGACUUAUCAGAGAUUCAGAGGACCACUAUGGUUUUAGGACACAGAGUGAUGGUGAUGGAAUUUCCAUUUUUGGCUCUAGCAAUGUUUGGAUUGACCAUGUUUCCAUGAGAAACUGCAGAGAUGGACUCAUUGAUGCCAUCAUGGGAUCCACUGCUAUUACCAUCUCCAACGGCCAUUUCACAGACCACAAUGAGGUGAUGCUUUUUGGUGCUAGUGACGCUUAUGAGGGUGAUAAGAUAAUGCAAAUCACACUUGCAUUCAACCAUUUUGGUAAGAGAUUAAUCCAGAGGAUGCCAAGGUGCAGAUGGGGUUUCGUCCAUGUGGUUAACAAUGACUACACUCAUUGGGAAAUGUAUGCCAUUGGUGGUAGCAUGCAUCCUACCAUUAUUAGUGAAGGCAACCGAUUCAUAGCCCCCGACAACAUUCAUGCCAAAGAGAUAACAAAGAGGGAGUACACUCUGGAGGCAGAGUGGAGCAAGUGGCAAUGGAGAUCAAUCAACGACGAGUACAUGAACGGCGCAUUUUUCAGACAAGCUGGACCAGAAUUGACUAACAGGCCAUUCACAAGGAGAGACAUGAUCAAAGCUAAGCCAGGAACAUAUGUGGGAAGGCUCACUCGUUAUGCUGGAAGCCUUCGAUGCACUGUUGGAAAGCCUUGUUAGCCUUGUAAAUUACUGCCUUUCCUGUAAAAUUAAUCCUCAUUGAUGCAGAAGUGCUUUUGGCAAAAGGGAUAAAAAAGAGAGAGAGCAAACAAGAUGGUGUCCUCAGAAAAUAUGUCAUAGUUUUUCUUGUCUGUUUUCCCUUACUUUUACAGGAAAAGAAAGAAAAAAAAUUGGUGACCAGCUACACAUGAUCUCCUCUUCCUCCUAGUAAAUGGAAAUUAUAUGAAAAAAAUCUGUUUUAUAAAUCUUACAAAGUUAACAUUAGGAAAUCUAUGGUGUCCAUGUGAGGAUGUUUUUCCUAGCUGGUACCUAGUUUCAGUUGUUUGUGUGCCAGUCUUAGAAGAUGUCAUUGCAAGGAGUUUUCCAUUUUCUUUUAGGACCCAUUUAGUUUGAUGUGUGCUGAAGCUUUUCCUGUUUAUUGGGUUCAAAAUAUAUAACAUUUUUGUUAUUAAUUGUCA